UUGGUUGUACCUUUCCUCGCCGGCGUUGCCUCCGACGUGCGCCGGCGUGGUCUCCUCCUUCCGGCUCCUCAGCUCCGUCUCCUCAGCUCCGUCUCCUUCCGGCUCCUCAGCUCCGUGCUCAGUGGAAAACCCUAGCUCGGGGGGGAAAUGAAACCUAGAUCUUCCGGGCGGAGAGGAAGAGGCAGUAUAUAGUGGUUCAUUUUUCAAAAAGGCCCUUCGUGCUUUGUCACUUAAACACUUUCGUCCUCCCACCGCGGCGUUCCCAGUGGCUGCACUUAAACACUUUCGUCACUUACCACUCUCCACCAAAAAAAACCCUAACUUUCUCCUCCCAUCGUCGCCGCCGCCGUUCUUCCUCCUUCGCCACCGCCGUUCUCCCUCGCCGACCGCCAUGGAUCCCUCUUAUCCGCAAUGGCCGUUCUCCUCUGGUCUUUCUCUCCGUCGCAAGUAUGCAGAGCCAUCGCCACCGGUGCAGCCACCAGCAGCUUCACGCCGCAAGAUCACGCCGCCGUCUCCGUCGCUGCCACCGGUGCAGCCACCACAAGCUUCAGGCCACAGGAUCCCCAAUCUUGGGCCGCCGUCUCCGUCUCUGGCGCCACCUGUGCAGCCACCGCAAGCUUCAGGCCGCAGGAUCCCCAAUCUUGGGCCGCCGUCUCCGUCUCUGGCGCCACCUGUGCAGCCACCGCAAGCUCCUCACCGCAAGCUACCCGUCCCAAGAUCUACCGGAGCAGGUCCCCAUCGCAGGCCCUUCGCUGCCCCAUCUCCGUCACCAUCUCAUUCGCUUGACCAAGGCAAGGAGAGGAGAGACAAGGCACCACAGGCUCCCCUCCGCAGGACCGUCACCAUUCCGCUCUCAACAACUGCCUCAACAUUUCCCUCCCUGGAGUCCCUGCCACCGGGACAGAUUCACAACAUCUCCGUUUUACGACCUGCAACCACCUCAGGCGAAGGACACCGAGGAGUUGGUGCAUCCCACAGUGAGAAGAACAAAGAGGAGCCAGACUAUGAGACUGAAGAGGAUGAUUAUUACAGUGAAGAAGAUGAUCAUUACAGUGAAGAGGAUGAUCAUUACAGUGAAGAGGAUGAUUACUUCAGUGCUGAUGAUGAUGAUUGGAACACGUGGACCAUUCUUAGAGGGCCAGGUUUAUCUGGUGAUCAAUCAUUUGACAAGUGCUGCAUUUUUGGUAAUGAAGUACAGCUGACUUGUAAACAAAGGGAUCAGCUAUGUAGCAUUGUGGAGGAGCUGCCAAUGCCAGAAAUGAAGCACUAUGUCUGCACACUGAUGAAGAACAAUGUAAUACCAGGUGAAGGUAAACUGGAUUUUUCACAAGAGUACACCAGUGCAUACCUUGUUCAAUUUCUAAUGUCACAUCAGCACAUUAAGUAUGGUAUUUCUGGUGGAGCUCAGGAUGUCGCUGUAGUUGUCAACUCUAGUACAAGCAGUUUAAACAAGUACUGCAGGAUGAGGUACGAUGGAUCACGAAAGGCCAAGAUCAGUGUUGGCUGGACAAAAACUGUAGAAGCAUUCAAGCUCAAGGAAGGAGACGUUUGCAAGAUAACCUUCAAGGAUGAGAGGGAAAUUCCAUACACUAGGAGGGACCAAUUUGCCUGGUUACGGAUGGUGAUCACAAAGCUUGAAGAUUUACAAGAAUGACCUAAUGGAGAAGAGCAGUGUUGGAUGGUUCACUAGUUAUAAGUUAUGAUGUUAAGUGUUAUUGGGUACUUCUGUAAUACUGGUUAAGACUAUUGUAAGUUAUGCAUGGAUCUUAUCAAUUAAGUAUGAUCAUCCUGCCUGCAUUGUUCUACAAUGUAUGAAAUAUUAUCAAAGAUUAAAUCAA